AUAUCGCGAGAUGUGCAGUGUGAUGUCGGAUUAACUGUUAAACAGGAGCCAAAGAUCUCGACAUAACCGGUGCUGCGGGACUUUUGAACAGCGAUCAAGAAUCGCAGGCUGUGUUAAGAGAAUCGAGGCUGUGCCAGGAAAAGCAGGGCGCAAUCAGUACAGAGUGUGAUUCAUAAGGUGACCUGAUUUUACCGCUUGCCAUUUGACCACCAUGAGGAUAGCAGGUGCCAUAAAGUUUGUUGUAGCUGUUGCAUUGUUUUUACUGACGUUUUAUGUCAUAUCACAAGUAUUUGAAAUAAAGUCGUAUUCAAAUCUGGGUAAUAUUUUUGUUAGGUCUGCCCUGGACACAGUGGCACAUCCGACUACUAAGGCCCCAAGAUACAGAUGUGGUAUUUCUAAAGUGUGCCCAGAGAAACACUUUGCUUUUAAAAUUGCAAGUGGAGCUGCAAAUGUUGUUGGACCGAAGAUUUGCAUGGAUGAUAAUAUUUUAAUGAGCGGUGUGAAGAAUAAUGUUGGCCGUGGAAUCAACACUGCAUUGGUAAAUGGAAAAACCGGUGCAGUGAUUGAAACAACAUAUCAUGACCUAUGGGGUGGAGAGGUUGGUCCAUUUAUCGAAUUUAUUAAGAAGAUUCCAGAUGGAACUUUAGUUUUAAUGGCAACCUAUGAUGAUGGAGCAACAAAAUUAAAUGACGAUGCGCGGAAAAAGAUAUCUGAACUUGGGAGUACAUUAAUCAAUGUCCUAGCUUUCAGAGACAACUGGGUUUUUGUUGGUGGAAAAGGAAUAAAGACAAAAAGUCCAUUUGAACAGCACAUAAAGAAUAAUAAGGAUACCAACAAGUAUGAAGGCUGGCCAGAAGUUGUGGAAAUGGAAGGCUGCAUCCCUCAGAAACAGAACGAGUGACCAAAUCCAUAGAGCUUGAAAAUAAAGGACCUCAAAAUAUAUCUGUUUUUUCCAAAUCGAAGGCUCCCUUUCAGUCCACCCAAGAGCACCCACAAAUUAAUUAAUAGAUCAAUAAUUCUGGUCAAUCGUUAAUCUACUAGUUUUUUGGUGUACUAGUGUGGACAACCAAUAUGCACUCCAAUGCACUGCUAAGGAUAUAAGGGAAAUUAUGAAAUCCAUUGGUUUAGUUUUUGUAAACAAGUGUAAAUAUUCUGAACUAGAUCUGUCAUUGUGAGCAUGACUGUGGGAUUUAUUUAUUGCUAACAUAAAAAUAUUUUUGUAUAAUGAAUUUGAAACAAAUGAAUCUUUCUUUGCAGGACUAAAGCUUUUACAGUAUAAUAGGCUUUAUUCUAUUAACAUACUGGGUAGCAGAAGGAGUUAUGCUAUUGUGAAAGCGUUGCAUAGUCUGUUCCGUUAACAAUACUCUGCUCUUCAGGGCUUACUCUCUGCAAUGAACUGAAUUCCACCAAAGACUUUAAAGCUAAUUAUUCCUUGUAGUUUGCUUUAAUAACUAGUUUUAUGACAUAUUUCAGUGGGAACACUUGUUUCGACUAUCUACCAUUUUAGGGGUAGAUUGAUUUGAAAAAUAUAUGCAAUAUAUAUAUAUAUAUAUAUAUAUAAAUGAUGCAAUGGCGUUAGUGACAUAGAUUACAAAAUGAAUCUUCUUGCUUGUUAUCUUGGUGGAUGGCUAGAUUUAGGAUUUUGUAAGUGCCCUUUUUGGUUUUAAUUUUUUUCUGACGGGGAGUACUUUCCAAUGGCAAUUACUUUGGACAAUGCUUGCAGUCUUGCACAAAAAUCCAAUUGUUGAACUAUAUUGCACGAGAGGGUGGCUUGGUUAUCUGGAAGAUAGUCUUUGGCUAAGAAUAAAAAGAUUUUAAGUGCAAAGCCUACUAUUUGUAGCCAUCCCUAUCUCUCCACCCCUGGAUUAACUGCUACUGAAAUGCUUCAUUUGGACUAGCAAUGAUAGUGUUUAUUUCAUAAUGAAAAUGCACAGUUGUAAUAUAUGAACAGCUUUAUUAUACUGAAUCAGUUGUCACUUCUUUUUUUUAUAUGUUAGACUUGUGCAACUUGUGUUGGAGUUUGGUUUCAUAGAUUGCAAGAGUUGUAUCUCCACGUUAUCCCCUCGUUCAAGUUAUUUGUGUUACAGAGUUGCUUGGUAUUUCUAGCUAUGGUUGGAAGAUUUUUUUUUUCUUAGGCAAUAUUCUGUGUGACAAAUAUUUAGAUGUGAAUAUUGCCUCUAUAAGCUUAAGGGAAAAUGCAUUCAAUCUCAUUAAAGGACCAGUAACUCCAACAAUAAAUUGUAUUGAUCUCA